AUGCUUGCCCAGGUGCAUGGCGAGCCCCAAAACUCAGACUCUUUUCGGAAGCUGCGCUGUGGCUGUGUCAGGGAGCUGUCUGGAAGAAAGGCAAAGAAGAAAGGCAUAUUCUGGGGCAUUGAGGUGGCCGAAACACUCAGGUGGCAUGGCUGGGAACUUGGAAAAGAGAUGGUCAAGCAUCUGGUCUUGAAAAACGUUCAUGAGAAAACCCAGAAGCUGAGCUACAGGUGUCCUUCCACACGAUUCUUCUUCACUGUUUUUCCACAGCCGAUCACUCUGAGCCCUGGUAUGUCCUUAACUCUGCCCGUUGUUUUCCGGCCCACUGAAAAGAAGGAGUAUGAAGACAGCAUCUGCUUUAAGAAGGCUGAGGGCGAGUUCUCUGUCACCUUGUGUGCUACGCUUCCGCGCCCCUGUCUGUCCUUCCCAGCUGCUGUCCAGUUGCCUGUCUGUGCUGUCCACAAUGUCACGGAGACAACAUUCGUUGUGCGCAAUGUUGGUGAUCUCGCUACUGCGUUUGCCUGGGAGGCACCAAGCCCUUUCUACAUGACUCCUGACUGCGGCAUGCUGAACCCAGGUGCUGAAUGCAUGGUCAAGGUGGUCUUCCAACCCAAGGUGGCUGUGGUGUAUGAUGUGGCAGCAACAUGCUGGUUUGGAGGUGAAGAGAAACAAAAGAGAACUAUCCAGCUAAAAGCCCUGGCCAAAUACCCCUACCUGCGGGUGAAUGUGACAGGGGAAGAGUAUGAAAGAGUACAGCCUGGAAAGUUUCGGGAUGUGCUGUGCUUUGGGUCAGUGCCAGUGGGGACAACUAUGGAGAAGUGCGUCGAAGUCUUCAACAUGUCUGUGGUUGAUGCACCAUGUAGGAUAGAAAGAGCAAAAGAUCCUCUGCUUCAAGAUCAUGUUUUCUCCUGUGAUGUGUCCCAUGGUGUCGUCCCUGCCAAAGGGAAGCUGGUCUUGGCCAUACGAUUUCAACCUCAGACUGUAGGAGAGCACAGUACCGACUAUUUCACUAUCCUAUCUGCUGGAUGCCUUCUGCAGACUGUCCUGAAGGUGGUUGGCUCAUGUAAAGGUCCUUCGGUGUCCCUGCAUCAAUACUCUGUGGACUUUGACUGGAUCAAUCUUGGGGAAAGUUUGGUGCAGACGUUGAAAAUCAGCAACGUCUCAGAUGUUCCAGCCUAUUACCAGUUUGAUAUUGAUGGCAGAGGGAGCGUCUUCUCUUUGGAUCGCCCCUGCGGAGUCUUGAAGGGUGCAACAACACUUGCGCUGAAGGUGACCUUUCGACCUACUCACCCCAUCAGCUAUCACCGCAGAGUGGUGUGCCUUGUCCACCAUCAGGAACCCAUGUAUGUGGAUUUUUUUGGUACCUGCCAUUCAGAUGCAGCUAAGCCAGCCAUCCUUCAGGCAAGACACCUCUCCUGGUACCGAACCAACAUGGUGAGGGGACUGACCUUCUACCCCCCUGAUAUCCUGAGUGUGAUGCUGAAAGAUGGGAAGCUGCAGAUGGAUGAAAAAGGAGCCCUCAUGCUGCCCGACGAGAUCCCUCAGGACAAGCCUCCCAAGGAAUACUUCGAAGCCAACUCCAUGACUGAAUAUUUCUACAAUGGUGUAAACAGUGACCUGGCCUUGUUUCCCCUUCAUGUUAGUGUCAGCCCCAGAGAGUACGAUUUUGGUUGCUGCGUGCCGCUUCACAAGGUAGAACCGCUUCCUCUCUCUGUGACAAACCACACCAAAGGAAAUAUCACUGUUGCCUGGACUCCAAGCCAUGGCAGUGCCUUCCAAGUGAGCCCCGAAAUCUGUGACAUCCCACCUUUGAAGUCUUCAGCCUUCCGUGUCCUUUUCCAGCCCACUCAGCUCAACAGUCUCUAUGCAGCAGAGCUGGAAGGUUUUGCCUUCUACAAGGUGCUGAGACACUACAGCAACGUUGAGGAGGAUGCCACCAUCUGUCCCUCCUGGUGCCUGACUGUCAGGCUGAGAGCACACACAUAUGAAGCAGAACGGAAGCACUUCAUCCCACAGUACACCCUGGAUGUCCCCAAGACUUUUCCUCCUGUGGCUCCUAACACUGAUACCUACUGCAGUAUGCUGCUCUUGAACACGGGCACCUCUUUGAUAACCUUCAGUGUGAACCAGGAUGCCUGUCCCUCUGUUUUGGUCAAGCCCUGCUCAGGACACAUAAUUCCAGGAGGCCACCAGAUUUUCUUUCUCUCCACUCACCCAGUUAACACAGUCUUGCAGCAGCAUGUCCUGCCUUUGCAGCUGAACUCUUAUCCCGGAUACACCAAGGAGAUUGCUCUCCAGAGCUGUGGGGAGUCCCUUCUUUUGCUCUUAGAAGGUGAAGGAAAUCUGUACUUCAAGCCUGUCUAUAUAGGGACCUCCUCUACACGAAUGUAUACCAUAAAAAACUGCUCAAGGCUACCCAUGGUUUUCAUAUGGAAGAUCCAUCAGUCUAACAGCAAGAUCCUGUCUGUCAGCCCCACUGCAGGGAUCCUCCAGCCCUAUGAAGCCAUGGCUCAGGCAUGGACCUUUACUCCUGACAAGGAGACCAAGUAUCUGCUGCGAGCUAUGGUGUUUGUGAGGAGGAAAAGCCUAGACGCCGUAUCUCCCAAAAGUGUCCAUUAUGCCUUGCGAAUUGUUGGAGAAGGGGUGCUGGGCACCAUCAGGGCACAAAAGGAGCACCUGGACCUUGGAAAUGUUCUGGUUGGUGACCUGCAAAGCUGCAGUGUUGUACUGCUAAAUGAUGGGAUCUGUUCUCUGAAGUACGUCCUCAGUGUGGAACAACUGAUCACCGGGCCUUGUGACCCCGAGGAGGUCCGCAGCGAUCCGCUGGCUCUUGAGCUGGAACACUCCAGAGGGACAAUCCCCGCAAGGUCAAAAGCUUUUGUCCGAAUAACAGUCAGGCCAGCCCGUCGGUUGCAUUACACCUGGUCAAUCAAAUAUGCUCUUUGCACCCCCACAGCUACAGAUCCUGCAAGUACAGAAGAGGAGAAGCAGCCCCUCUGCUGCAUUGUAGCAACAGGCGUCUACCCAACUUUAUGCAUCGCAGAUGCCUGUUCAGCAGGGAGUGCCUGUGGUAUCAGCAAGUUGCACCUCUGGAAGCUCUUUUCCUUGGACAUACUGAAUGAAUACUUGGAGCGAGACCCAACUCCCAGUGAGCUCACCUACAGAGUUCCCACAAGGCACAGCACACGCUUGAUCCCUCCAGUGUACACCCCUCUCCUGCUGGAUUUCAACUUUGGGGCUGCCCCGAUAGGCUCAGAGCCGACCCUUGUGAUGCUCCUGCUGGAGAACAAGGGUGUGGUGCCUGUGGAGUGGGCCUUCUUGUUUCCUUCUGAUCAGAAGAUGGACAUGGAGCACUGGGCAGAGGAUGCUGAGUUUAGCCCCCAUGAGCUGCACCAGAUGAGAAUUCAGGACAACCAGCUCUUCAGUGUUUCUCCAAAGUCAGGGAAACUUCUUCCAGGCCAGGAGGAAUCUGUCCAGCUCUCACACAGACAUGAAUUCGCUGGCACUGAUAACCUUCCUGUCCUGCUUUUGGCCAUGAGAUUCUGCUGGGACCUUCUUGCAGCUUUUGAACUGUUAGACAUGUUCUUGGUGCAGACUGUCCUCCAGAGUGAGGACAUCCAGAUGCUGAACUUCAGCGGCGUGACGGUGGAACAGGACCAGCGGUACGUUCAUUUUGCAUCCACUAAGCACCUCUUCACACCCAUUGCCAUUGGGGCCUCCCACCCCCCCACACAGAUUUAUGAACUCUACAAUGGUGGCUCCCUGCCUGUGAUGUUUGAGGUUCAGUUGGACAACAUUGUGAAGAUCCAGGAGGAAAAUUUUCAGCAUGCUGUGUUUGUCUGCCUAACUCCUAGAGGAGAAAUCCCCCCUGGCACAACAGGCCGCAUUGAGUGGAUCUUCUCACCACUGGAAGCUAAAACGUACUUGGUUGAUGUUCCCAUCCACGUCCUGGAGGGUGAAUCAGCUCUGAUCACCUUUCAGGGAGUAGGCUACCAUCCGAAUACCAUAGGAGAGACUGCCACAUCCAGUGAAGUUUUGUCUCCUUCAGUCUUUCCAGGUUCUACCAAGCUAACUGUGCCUGGGCAGGCAGCUACCUUGUCACACCACAGGAUUUGCCUUGGAAAUAUCCCAGAUUGCACCAAAGCCAGUCGCCUUGUCUUUCUCAACAAUAUCUUGGAGACCAAGGCUGUGGUGUUUGCUUGGCGGAUAAGCACCUGUGAAGACAAGAGGGUGUUGCAGGUUGCUCCAGAGUCAGGAGUUGUGCAGCCUGGGGAGAGCAUCCCCUGCUUCAUCACACUGCGACCUUCCAGGAGUGCUUCUUUCUGCAGCAUAGAUCUGGUGUGUGAGGUAUACAUCCAGGAGUCCCUGGUUGAGUACCAGAAGGAUCUGCAGGAGUGGGAAAAGGAGCAGGAACGGCAGGCUGUGGAAUUCACCAUCACAGAGAAGGACCUUGGGACUAAGAAGAAGCCAAAGUCAUCUGCAGGCAUAAGUGCUAGGUCAUCAAAUUCUGCUGAGAUAGAAAAUGUUCCCGAAUCCUCAGCUGUGAUCAGGAAAUACAAGACAUUACCCCCUAUGAAAAACCACCCUAUGCCCAAUCUGCCAGCUGGACACUUUCAGAGGAGGCUGCUGUUGGACAAAGAAGCCAGCCGGGUGUGGAUCAAACCAGAGCCUCCCAAGCCCAUCCUCUUACACCUUGGUGUGACAGCCAGGUCCUACUCUAUUGAGGACUUCUUCAGCAACUUCACCUCAGAGAUCCCCAAAUACUUCUUGUCCCGCCCCUUCAGCGGCCGGCCCUUGGACAGCAAGUUUGUGUGUGGGAGUAAGGACAGAGACAGGAUGGAUGUGGAGCCCAAAUGGCUGUCCCUGGCUUCUGCUUCCAAACAGGAGUUGCAGAUAGUGACUGACAUACUCACAGGUGUUAUCAGAGGCCUCCUGGAGAACACCCAGUUCCAUGACGCAGUGAGAAGAAGCCUGGAUGAGCCCAUUCCAUAUUUUUCCCAGUUCCAGCGUGAAGAAUCAGCAGAGCUCCAGGACAGGAGACAGUGCUCUAUGGUCCCCUCCAGGGUCUCUGCUUUGCCAGAUCAUUACCCUGAGAAGGACGGAGAGAGGAAAGAAUUGAGGCAGGAAGCGUCUCCCAACAAUGACUUGCUGGAGUCUUGGGAGAUUUUUCACCACGAGCAGUUGAGGGAGCAGAAGGAGAUGAUGAGCAGGCAGCCGGCCCUUGGCACCCUGGUGGAGCUGGUGCUGGAAAACACACUGCAGAAUAUCCUGAUCGAAGCCAGCCGUGGGGAGGUGGUGCUGACAGCCCGGCCCAGGGUCAUUGCUUUACCCCCCAGCCCUUUCCGAAGAAUCACCAGUUCAGCACCUCCACCUUCAAGAGCAUAG